GAAUUUUCACGAUUCAACGAGGGAUUGACCUACUUCGACACAGCCUUGACCCUUGCGGUCCCAUCGGUUCUUGUAUUCCUCUUCAUGUGCGGCAUCUUCAGCUCGCUGCUGGCCGCCUACAGGAGGAACCGACGCAUGAAGAAACUAGGUAAG